AUGUCAUCAAGAGGCAGGGGCGGCAAGGCAAAGUUCCACCGACACAAGAAAGGGUCUGGACCACCCAAAGGAGGCGAUGGUCAAGGCGACUUCAAGGGCGGUGCCAUGACGCAAUACCGCACCCAGCCGCUCCCGGAAAUGCUCUGCUCGCCAGGUAUCGUCGUGACGGCCGUGCAGAACAAGGAGAUGAUUGCGGAGCGGGAGAUCAUCGACGCCCUCGAGGCCGCGGCUGAUGAGCUUUAUCCCGGCACUGGGGCGGGGGAGGAAGAAGAGGAGGAGGAAGGUGAUAUCGAGGAUAUGCUCAAGAAGGAGCUUGAGGGGCUGGCGGCGCACAAGACGCGUCAGUCGCAUCGGUUCCGUGUGUGCAAGCGCGAUACUGUGUGCAUGCUCUAUAUCAACGUCCUUCCUCCACUCGACCCGAUUGCGCUGGUGCGGUACAUUAUCGAGCGGUGCGAGCGUACGGCGCGCUGUUCGUUCCGGUUCAUCCAGCGCCUCACGCCUGUGUCGGCAACGUCACACGCUGACAUGGACGGGUUGCGCCGCAUCGCCGCCGAGGCGCUGGCUGGCCCUUUUUCUGGUGGACCCAAGAAGUUCGCGAUCCAGGUCGCGACGCGUAACUCGAACGCUCUCGAGCGGCUGCAGAUGAUCAAGGCUGUCGCUGAGGAGGUGAACAAACUCAGCCCGAAGCACAAGGUAGACCUGAAGAACCCCGACCGCACAGUCAUGAUCGAGCUGUUCAAGACGGCGCUCGGUAUCUCGGUGGUGGAGGACUUUGAGAAGUACAAGAAGUUCAACCCCGCGGCCGUGGCGCGGGAGGCGGCGAAGGCCUCGACCGGGGGUGACUCGCGUGUCGGCGAGGCCGUCGAGAAGGGGGAGAAGGAGCGUUCGACGGGGCAGGCGCGGGCGGAGAACCGGGUCCGGCGGAUGGAGGGCAUUAAGGCUGCGCAGGAGGCCGAGUCUGCCGCCGCCGACGCCAAGAGCAGGCCGCCGAAGCGCAAGGCUGAGGACGAGCCGGAAGAGGGUCAGGUGGCGACCAAGGCCGAUGACGUCGAGCAGGGAGAAGCGGUUGAGGACGAGACAGCCGAGCUCGGCGACGACUUUGUCGAGGAGAUCCAGGGCGGGCGUGUAGUCAAACUCCGCCGCCAAGAAUAG